AAAUGUUUCUUGUUUAUUUUUAGCUCCAGCCGGAAAUUGCGCGAGAAAUACCACAGAACUGGACAUUCGAAAUAAAUGCUCUUCCUAAAAUGCUGAUUACAAAAAUGAUCAUAAGUGAAAGAUGACCUUCACAGUGUUGCCAAGAAAUACAAGUGUUCGUACAAAAACAUUACAACUAACGAAACCCCUUUUUCCACAAGUGGUUUGUGAUAUACAUAUUAGAUGCCUUGGUCAACCUAUUUACAACGGAUGUUGAAAUCACUUAUGAGACAGCUUCCCACUUCGAUAUGUCUUGAAAUAUCCGAAUUUUAUUCUAAGGCGAACAGGAAGAUGUCGAUGCUAGAACAGUGACUUGAGGGGGGUAUGUAAAGGCAGUAGGUUGCACUUUGAAAUACGUCUCCUUUAAGGACUGAGUUUCUCUAGUAUUACUUUAUUAUCUUAAUCGAGAUACCACUAGUAAUCCAAAAUGGAGUGGGUUUCUGUAGCGGAGAGAAUCUGGAGCGAUCUCAAAGGCACGGGAUCUCGCAGGACUCGCCUUUCUCUCAGGGAAAGACUCACGUACGGUGCAGGGCAAGUCUUCAACGAUCUCUGCGCCUCCGUCUGGCUCACCUACCUUUUAAUCUACUUCCACAAAGUGGUCGGUCUCUCCUCAGCAAAGACCGGCUACCUCUUUGUGAUCGCUCAACUCGUUGACGCAAUAGCUACUCCUUUUAUUGGUAUUGCAUGUGAUCGUUAUGUUCCUUGGUGCUUUGCGUUUUACGGCCGUAGGAAGUUCUGGCACUUAGUCGGCUCGUUACUGGUGACAUUCACAUGGCCGUUCCUCUCCAGUCCGUGUAAAGGCUGCGAUGAAAACAGCUCGCAGAGUGAGCUACUUGGGCAUUACGCGGUAGUAGUGAUAUUCUUGCAGACCGGAUGGGCGUGCGUGCAAGUGUCCCACGCGGGAAUCAUCUCGGCCCUCGCACAAAGCGACAAGGAUGUCAUGGAGUUGAACGCCAUCAGGUCUGGACUAUCGUUCGGCUGUGGUAUAUUCGUUUUCUGUGUGAUGUGGAUUCUUCUUGGUCAAGGCCACAAUGCUUAUCUCACUCCUGAAUCUUGGAAACAUUUCAUGACAAUUGGUGUCGUCAUCACGGCCCUUGGCUUCAUCGCGUCAGCAUUCUUCCAUUUUGGGGCAAGAGAGCCAGAGCAAAGAAACCGUCAACAAGAGGAAGCACAGCGUUUGAAUAACACAAUAGAUGGUCAGCCGAGUGGAAGUCAGGUCUCUCCAGCUGAGAUAUUAUCUACUCAAUCUGUGGCCGACACUCGAACCUGCCGGUCAUGGCGUCAAUGGUUAAACGAUCCCGACUUCUAUAAGAUGGGCGUAGUGUACACGUGUACUCGCGUGGCUCUCCACGUGUCCCAAGCGUACUUCGUGUUCUACUUGACCGACACUCUACUCUUCCACAAGGAAGCCAUAGCGUAUUUUCCUCUUGUCGUUCUGAUAACUGGCGCCAUAGUAAACGCUGGCUUCCACAAACUCAACAACGCGCUGGGAAACAAGUGGACGUACUGCUUGGCGUCUGUUGUGGUCCUCAUGGGCUGCCUGUGGUUCCAGCUCCAGUCGCCAUCCAAUAAGAACGCUGUGUUCGUCUCUGCAAUCAUGCUGGGCAGCGGCGUGUCCGUGUUACUGAUGACGUCAAUGGCCAUGACGUCAGACCUAGUCAGCAGAGACAAAGAGUCCAGCGGUUUCGUGUACUCUGCCAUGCGCCUUCUUGACCGAGGGUUUGUGGGGCUGGUGGUGAUGAUUAUACAGAAGAACUAUCCCGACAACACCAGCGAUAUUCACUUGCCGGCUUGCGGAGACUACGCACGCCUCGUUUUCACCUUGACCCCAGCUAUCGCCGUUAUCAUCGCGCUUUUAACAGUCCUCGUCACUUUCGACUCCAACAUCGAGAUCACUUGCAAGAAGAAAGGCGAACAAGAGGACGGAAGCACCCAAACUGUCAUCACUUUUCAAAGUGCAACUUUCGGCAGCGUCUACGGCAUCGACGAGGACGACGAAGAAUUGACCCUCGCUGGAACCACCCCCACGGUGAUCGACAAGCACCUCGGUGAAUCUACUCCCACGGUUACUGACAAUUACCGUGACGACACACUCCACAACCCGCGAAAACACUUCCCACUAGACCCAGGCCCCAGGGGAGCCUUUUCGGCGCCGGACAGGGUUGACUUGAAGGCGUAUCGUGGUUACGAAGACGACGACUACUCGAUCGAAUCACUCGUUAUUGGACCCGACUACUCGACGCUUUCGAAUGAUGAGGUGAAGGAGAAGGACGAUGAUACCACGGAGAAGGAAUGCAUGGAUUUUAGCCACAUCCGUAAAAUGCCGUCAACGAACUUGUGAAUAUUUCCAUCGCUUUUCCUAUGAACGAUUUAUAUUGAAUUUAAUGGAUGUGGACUAAGCUUGCUUCAAGGGGGGGGGGGGUGAAUAUGAUAAGGAGUUAAACUUUUAGCCUUUAGAAUUAGAUAAAGUUGCACUAGGACCUA